AUGUAUAACGGAAUAGGGUUACAAACCCCAAGAGGUUCAGGUACCAAUGGGUACAUUCAGAGCAACAAGUUUUUCGUCAAGCCUAGAACUUCAAAGGUUGCUGAGAACAUGAAGGGCUUUGAAGCAGAUCAGGGUACGGCUGGGGUUACCAGGAAGGCCAACAAGGAGAUUCUUGAGCAUGACCGCAAGCGUCAGAUUCAGCUCAAGCUUGUUAUCCUUGAAGACAAGCUGAUUGAUCAGGGUUAUACUGAGUCUGAGAUUGCUGAGAAACUUGAGGAGGCUCGGGUUAAUUUGGAGGCUGCGGCUGAUGAAAAUGACGGGUCAUCUAAUUUGGAUAAGGUUUCUGAUACACAGACUCAUCAAAUUGCUGCUAGAAAGGAAAAACAGAUGGAAACAUUAAAAGCUGCUCUUGGCAUAGCUUCAUCUGAACCUGGUGAAUUGAUUGCAGAUGGGAAUGAUGAGGAGACUGGAAAUGAAAGGGGUGUAUCUGUUCCGGAUGCAAAACAUAUUUCUGAACAUUCCUUUUUGGACAGAGAUCUCAGUCGGAAGAAACAACCGGAAGAAGUUUUAAAAGAAGAAAAUACUAAGAAAAAGAGUGUUAAAGACACAAAGCACCACAAGAAGGGUGCGACUCUUAAGAAAAAGCACAAGGAUGAUUCAUCUGAUUCAGACAGCAGUACGGAUGAUGAGAAGACAGGUAGGAGGAAGCACAGUAGAGUGAAAAACGACAGUAAUGAUGAAUCUGAAUCUGAUAGUGAUGUUCAGAGGAAGGUCAAGGCUAAAAAGAAGCAGAAGACAUCAUCGCACCACAAGAAAGGCAGGGUGGAGGACAGUGAUGACACUGAUUUUACUUCUGAUACCGAUGACAGCAACAGUGCACGAAAAAAUAAUAAAAAACCAGAAAAAACAAGUAAGAAACAUGAUUCCGAUAGUGAUUCUGAUCAUCAUGAAGGCUUGCCUAAUAGGACUAAAGAAGUGAAGGGACAUGCAAAGAUGAGCAAACGUCAUGAUUCUGAAGAGGAAUCUGAUUCAGAUAGUGAGGCAGAGAAACACGGUAGACUGGAUAAGCUGAAAAUGAAGAGGUAUGGUUCUACUAAUGAGGAUUCUAGUAGAGUCGAUGUUAGGCGUGCUUCAAGACAAAACAAACAUGUUAAAAGGCGGUCAUACUCUUCCUCUGAUGAUAGUAGCAGUGACUCUGGUUCGGGUAGCAGUGAAAGUGAUAGCAGAUAUGAAAGAACUAGAAAAGGUGGGUUUGUAGCAAAGAGAGGCAGGCCAAAGGAGGAAAUAAAUGUCCGAGAUAUUGCUGCCGAAGAAGGGAAAAGUAGUGCUAAUGCUGAUGGAUUGGAUUCUUUAAGAAAAUCAUAUGGGAGAGAUUUUAAAGAGGGUCCAAAUUCUAGAAGUCAAGCAAUGGCAAAGGGUGACAAGAAGACUGAUGAAGAUAGAGAUAGGGAGACUAUCAAAUUGGCUAAGCAUGAUGAAGUGGGUAGGAAGUCUGAGUCAAAAUCUCGAGUUUAUCAAAAUGAUAGUCAAGAAAAAGAGGGCUAUUCUAAGUCAGCUAGGCUCAGAGGCAAUGAUAUUGAAACUUCUGAGCAAAGAGGCAGAAAUUAUAACAAGGAUGUUGAAUCACAAUCUGUUGGAAGAAUUGAUCGGAAUAGGGAGGAUUAUGAAGCAAGAAGGAAGGGAAGACAUGAUAAUGAUUAUAAAAGGGAUCUGGAUGACCAUGGAGAAAAAAGACAUGGAAGGAAUGAAGAUGGGCGCACAGAAAGAAAGAACUUAAGGGAUGAGGAUGAUUCAAGAGAUGGAAAACAUAAGAGAGGCAGGGAAGUUCCCCGAGAGAAUAAGGGCUUAAGAGAUCAUGAAGAUGGUCGCACAGAAAGAAAGUACUUAAGGGAUGAGGAUGAUUCAAGAGAUGGAAAACAUAAGAGAGGCAGGGAAGUUCCCCGAGAGAAUAAGGGCUUAAGAGAUGAUGAAGAUGGUCGUGAAGCGAGAAAACACGGAAAGGAUGAAGAUUUUCCUACAGGAAGAAAGCACUUGAGGGAUGAGGAUGAUCGCAUCGAAACAAAUAUUAGAGGGAUUGAGGAUGAACGGACAGGAAGAAAGACCUUGAGGGAUGAGGAUAAUUAUGAAGAAAGAAAGAAAUUAAGGGAUGAUGGUCGUCAUAGAGAAGCACCAAACAAAAGGGAUGAUAGUGGCAUUGGAGAAAGAAAGAACUCAAGGGAUGAGGAUGGCCGUGGAGAGAAAAAGAGCUCUAGGGAUGGGGGUGAUCAUAGAGAAACAAAAAUCAGAAGGAUUGAGGAUGAUCGUACGGAAAGAAAGACCAUAAGGAAUGAAGAUGACUAUGGAGAAAGGAAUCAUUUAAGGAAUGAGGGCCACCAUAGGGAAGCACCAAACAAAAGGGAUGGGGCUGGCAGUGGAGAAGUAAAGAACUCAAGGGACGAGGAUGAUCGCAAAGAAAGAAAGAACUCAAGGGGUGAGGAUGAUUACAAGGAGAGAAAGAGCUCCAGGGAUGGGGAUGUUCGUGAGGAAAGAAGAGAAGCACCAAACAAAAGGGAUGUGGUUGGCAGUGGUGAAGUAAAGAAAAGGAAUGAGGAAGAUCGCAAAGAAAGAAAGAACUCAAGGGAUGAGGAUGAGUACAAGGAGAGAAGGAGCUCAAGGGAUGAGGAUGUUCGUGAGGAAAGAAAGCACGGAGGGGGUGAGGGUUAUCAUGGAGAAAGAAAGCGCAGAAGAGAUGAUGCUGAUGACAAUGUGCAUGGAGAAAGAAGGCAUUAUAGAAGGGAUGCUGAUGAUGGAGAAAGAAGGCAUUAUAGAAGGGAUGAUGAUGAUGGAGAACGAAAACACAGAAGGGAGUAG